CUAAUUUCUUGUGCAAGUCUUCUUGUGUAUUUUAAUGAGACUCGUAAAUGUGUGUAUUAGAACGCACCUUAUAAGUGGACAAAAUGGCCGGAAUGAAACGCCAACCCGGCUCAACUGGUUCUCAAAGAUUUAACGACCAGCGAAAAAUGCGAGGACAAGGCAAGAAGCCACUUCCUCCUCCCACACACGUUGGACAUUUCUUCCUGAUGGUAAUCAUGAAAAUUUGUAAAAAGAUUUUGUUGGCCGACACUGCAGUGAAAAUUGGUGUCUACUUGAUCGGGGUGAUGGUUGGCUCAAUUUUGGCAGACGUCGUGGCCUUACCUAGAUCUUAUUUUUCCGAUUCGCAUAAUAUUUUCAACCAACUCUUCGUAAAGUUAGGAUGGGGAUGGACACUUACAUCCCUCUCAUUAUUCACGGGUAUGACCAGUUUCGUCUACACACUUUGUAAAUGGCCACAAGUCAAAUUACAUUUCCUAAGGCUUGCUCUAGCAACAUUUUGGUGGUAUGCGGUGACGUCAGUUUUCAAUUACGUGGAGUCUGUUGUAGGAAUAUGUACAGAACUUAAGUAUUCUUCAAGGUUUUCUUGUAACAAAGCUGGCCAGUCUUGGUUGGGCUUUGAUAUGUCGGGACAUGUUUUCCUACUGAUUCACAAUCUAUUGACAAUAUCCGAGGAAGUGAAGUUUUUCAAAGAUUGGACAAAAUUAGAGAAUAUUCUCGAAAACGAAAAUCUUGCUGAUCAAAAAAAUUUAAAGGAAAGUGACAUACGGACAACCAAACAAGCGUAUAAAGAGCUGACUCCAUACAUAAAAUUGAAUGUUAUUUUUCUUGCCGCCCUUACAGUGUUAUGGGAAUUCAUGCUCAUAAUAAGCACUGUUUACAGAUUUCAUACUCUUCCUCAAAAAGUAUCAGCCGCAUUUAUUGCAGUGGGAUGCUGGUUUAUCAGCUAUAGGAUGAUUGUACGCUCAAAUUGUGGUAUUGUACAUUCAGGAUCUAGUCCCCUAAGAUUCACAAAGUGUGACUGAUGAUGAAUAAAUGUCGCUGUUUUGAUAUACAGGGUUUAUUUCUAGUCAAAUUAGAAGUUUUGAUUCCAUAUCCACGACAAAAAUGUGAAGUUUCCUGCAAGUUUCAUCAUUGUUUACUUCAGAUUAAAAAACUUUUGCUCAUGGAUUCCACAUGCAUCCCGAGGAAAAACUUCUCAGCUCAAUAUUAUCAACUCAACAUCUUCUUAUUAUGAAUAAUCAAAAUUAUAUUUUCAUACCAUGUGCCUCAUGUGUGCUGCUGUUCUUCAUGUUUUUCUGAUAAUUACUAUAUUUUGGUUUUAUUUUUGAAAGUAAGCUAUUUCUGUUUUCACACUAUGAAUUAUGCCAAAUUAAAUUAACAUUUCUAACCUAUAUAUUAGCAUACAUUGGUUUUUAUACCUUUAUUGUUUGAAGCUGAAUGAUUUUAUAGAGUUUUCACAACCUAUCUUUAUUAAUUCCCAUCUCAUUCAUUCAAGAAGAUAACUAUCACUACUACAUCAUAAUACCAAUGCAAGUGUAAUAUAUACCAUGUAAGGUACCUUUCUGCAAUGAAAUAUUGUCAGCACAUCAGAAAUUUACACAAGAUAGAUUUUCAAAGAAUUGUGAAGAGAAAUUAUGUUUCCCUGGUACUAUAUAUACUAUUAUAGCUUUAUAGAAUAAAUUUGUCAACUGGAUGAGAUGUAAAGAACAUGAACUUUAUCCAUUGUUUAAAAUUGUACAUGCAUGUUGUGAUAAGAAAAUAAAUGAGCACAUCAGUUGUACAUGUCAGACUGAAGGAGGUGGCAUUUCUAAAACUGAAUAUAGUCUAUGAAUUACACACAGUGUACAUGGAUAUGCAUGUAUGUGCUGAUUUAAUUAUCAAAUUGUAAAUCCAAAGGGAGGCUAUCGGUUCCAUACUAUACUGGAAAUCAUAUUUUCAUUUUCAAUCAAUGUGCUGAUCAUUGUGUCUGCAUCUACAAAUACAUUGUAAGUAUAUAAAGAAUUAUGUAACAUUAACAACUUUUCUUAUCAUGAGGUUUUUCUCCUUUUUAACGCGAACAAAUACUUUUGAGUUCCAUUUUUUGUUAUACAGUGUAUUUUCCUAAGAUUGAUAAUGCCUAAAGGCAAUACAUGCAAAUUGAUACUUAUGUUAAAUAUGCAAUUUCACUCAGCCAACACAUCUCUUUUUAAAAAUGCCAUAGUUAUAGGAGGAUUUGACUAUUUUCAUUGGAAAUCGGUAAGUUGGCUAGUAGAAAUAUGCAUUUGUGAAGUACUUGAAAUUCCUGAUGUUGUGUACAUAUGAUUUAGUAACUUGAAUGUAUUUUGGAUUUAAUCAUACAACAAAUAACAUAUAUAUAGUUGAUUUUUGUCCCAUACAAUUCUACAAAAAUGUAAAUACAGAUGUAGUUAGUGUAAGAUCAUAAAAUGACAUGUCAGAAAUAUAAGAUUAUAAACUGAAUUGUAUACAAUCUAAAAUCAAAUAAUCUAAAAAUUAUAAUGUUCUGAAUCAUAUAACUGUGAAUAGAAUCUCAGUUUUUACAAUACAAUAAAUCAUGUUAGUGAUAAUUCUUACAGUACUCUGAAUCAUGUAACUUGAUUUUUAUAAUACUCUUAAUCAUCUAUCUCUUUAAUAACUUGAACAAAUAUGAUUUUAUUAUACAAUAUUUCUAGUGCUGUCACUGGUCUGGUGCCAAUAAAAUGUAACUAGUCAAUGUUGUGAAUAUUUUAGUUAGUGAUUAUAUUAUGUUGAACAUAUGUGUUCAUAUACAUCUUAAUACUUUUUGUCAUAAUUAAAUUUUUAUCCAAAUGUAUUAUACAUGUAUUUUAUAGAGUUGCAUUUAUGAUGAAUCAAUAAGAAAAAAAGAAUGAUUUGUUACCAUUUCUUUGUGUUUAGAAAUUUAAGGUUAGAAUUUUUUUUUUUAAUAUGUAAUCAUCUGCAAAUUUCGAAUGAUUUUCUAGAUUCAUGAAGUAUUCUUAUCAUAGUUCAGUUAACAAAGUAUAAAAGGUCAUGUGUACAUGCAUUUAUCUCAUUGUCAAUUUCAUAUAGUGUGUAUCAUAUAUGUAUGUAUACAUUGCUAUACUAUGUAUAAUAAACCAUUCAAUUUUUAUUUAUUUUCAUCUUUACAUAUUUUCAAUUCAGAUUGAGUAACUGAUAUAUGCUCAAGACCAAAGAAUGUUAGCAUUCUAUGGCAUUAAUUCUAUUACAGUUACAAAUAUUUUACCCAGUAGUGAUGACCCAUUUAGUGAUAGCCCAGUCUUUCUUUCCAGCCCAGUUUAGGAAAAUAAUCAUGAUAUCAUAUUAGUUGGAAUGUUAUACCCAGUUAAAUACUAAUAAAAUAAUGGAAAA